AUGCCGCCGCCACCGAGAGAGCGUUACCACUCAGUCCGCGGGCUGCCAAGCCGUCCAGGGAAACAGCAGCAGCAGCAGUAUGCGAAGAAGGAUGUGCCGCGGCAUACUGGCAAGAAGAUGAGCGCUGCGGCAGGCCCGUCCUCCACUGGCCCCUCUGCCUCGGCAGUCGCCGCAGCGUCCACUGCACGCGAAGAGGCGCUACGCGAGGCCCUCGCGAAAGCCCUCAGCCACGGCGGCGUUGAGGGCGGCGCCGCAUCAACAUCAGAAAAUGGCGUGGACGCUUACGGGAACGGCUCGCCGACGGACCGCCUUCAGUUUGGUUACAGCCCCUCCGUUACGGCAGAGGCCGUCGCCUUCCACACGCGCUUCACGAAGGAUGCGUGGGUGACCGCACGCAAGCGCAACGGCCGCCUCGUGUUCGUAAAGAAGCAGAAGCUCGACGUCACCAACUGCGAGCCCAUCACCUCGAUCCUGAAGCUGCAGAGUCACUGGAAGCAGAUGAACGCCUUCCAGAGCGACGCACGAGGCGGUGCCGUUAGAACACUGAAGGCGGAGGACCUCGACAUGCUCGUCGACAUGCUAGCCUCGAAGCAGCGCAUCGGUGACGACGAGGACGAGGCGUAG